UAUUUGUCUUUGAACUAGCACAGUUGUCUGUAUUGCCAAUUUAAUGUAUCACACAGAUAAUAUUAUAGCAUUUUAUUAGCUUUUAGAGGGAUAAAAGCCUUUGGAACCUCAUUUGACCUCGACUGAUUGAGCUUUAUAGCGGAUCACGGUCUUUUAUUGGCCUGUUUUUGUAUGUCCUUUUUGACAGGAGGCUAACUCACAACCCGGAAUGAUAAGGCUGCAGUAUGGCCUGAGGAUUUGACCUCGCAGGACAACCAUUGGGUCAACAUAUCAGUCGGCUGGUUGCCAUAUUCGGCAGAGAGCAGCUACAAGGAGCUUUUAUUUUUUAUACCGGAAGUGAACCUGUGACGUCGUCAUGGGAAGCAAAGUCAGCUCCAAAAUGGCAGCUCCCGCAGCUCGAGUUAUCCAGGCUGUUCGGCCUCACGCUCCUCUGAUCAAGUUCCCGAAGAGACAUGACAUUGCAAAGCCAAAUGCCCAAGAGGCAUUGAAAUCAUUAGCAAUUAACUUCUCGCCACACAACAAUCCUUCGCCACCUCUGAUAUCGAGACCUCAAGUACCUUUGACCCCUAUUUCUGGCACGCCCGACACCCUGGCCUCUAUUCAGGUAUUACCUGCAAGGUACCGCAGGAGACCGAUGGCAGCAGAUGAAAUGGACUACAUCCAGCGUGGUGGACCAGAGUGACAUGAAGCAACUCAAUCACUGCAACCAAAGUCCUUAUCUGUUGGAGAUCAGUAUGUGUCUUUAACUCUGUUUCUCAGCACAACAAAACCUAAUGCCACAUGAGACAUGAUGUAGAAUAAAGUAUUGCAUAAAGCCUGUACAUAUGUUUAUUUUUUAGAUGUUAAAUCUUACUUUAAUCUGAACUUAUUGUAUUUAAGUUCAUUGUAUUACGCACAACAGAGCUUUAACAGUAGCAUUAUUUACUGUACUGCCACAACAACUACUCCUUGCAGGUUUCUUGUUUUUUGCUACCCCCUGGUUUUAACAUUAUACCAGCUAAACUUGACAAUUUCUCAUUUUCGUUUUUGUUAUAUCAUUUUUUGAGCUUCCUUUUCAUUACCACCACACAGAGGCUCUGGUACAUUUAAUGUUAUGGGAUGGUUCCUUUGCUUUUCAUGACUUUCACUGCCAUAUUACCGAUCUGUUUGUUGGGACUAAACAAGGCUGAAACGAUGCUGGAUAUCAACUUGCAAUAGUACCAAGUGAAGUGGUGUUGAGUGCAUGUGAACUACUGCUGGAUUUAAUUGAUUAAAUGUAUAUUGUAUUUUGA